UCUUGCUUCCAUCCUUGGCCCAGCAUCCAAUCUGCGCUCUGUCCUCCCAGCCAGCAGGUGCCCCUAGACCCCCGGCUCCUCCUCCGCGGCCGUCACCGCCUCGUCUCCCCCCUCCCUCUACAGCUUCCUGUCGCCGCGAUCUGAGCCCUGGACUGUGGGCGCUCGGGCGCCGGAGGCUUCCCGGUGCGCUCCGCCAGGAUGGCAGUAGGUCUGUGUGUGCGGGUGCUGUGCAGCCUGGGUGGCUGGCUCUCACUCUAUACAUCUUUCUGCUGCCUGAAUAAGCACCGAAGCUGUGAGUGGAGCUGUCGGCUGGUGACCUUCACCCAUGGAGUCCUCUCUAUAGGCCUGUCUGCUUAUAUUGGCUUCAUCGAUGGCCCUUGGCCUUUUACCCACCCAGGCUCACCGAACACACCUCUCCAAGUUCACGUUCUGUGUCUUACCUUGGGUUACUUCAUCUUCGACUUGGGCUGGUGCAUCUAUUUCCAGUCUGAGGGUGCCCUGAUGUUGGCUCAUCACACACUGAGCAUCCUGGGGAUCAUCAUGGCCCUAGCACUUGGGGAGUCGGGUACAGAGGUCAAUGCUGUUCUCUUUGGAAGCGAGAUCACCAACCCACUGCUCCAGAUGCGAUGGUUUCUCCGGGAAACUGGCCACUAUCACAGUUUCACGGGGGAUGUGGUGGACUUCCUCUUUGUGGCUCUGUUCACUGGUGUGAGGAUCGGUGUGGGUGCUCAUCUCCUUUUCUGCGAAAUGGUCUCACCCACCCCCAAGUGGUUUGUGAAGGUUGGGGGUGUGGCGAUGUAUGCUGUGUCUUGGUGCUUCAUGGUGAGCAUCUGGCGCUUUGCGUGGAAGAAAAGCAUCAAGAAGUACCAUGCGUGGAGAAGCAGACGGAAUGAGGAGCGACAGCUAAGACACAAUGGGCAUCUCAAGAUACACUAGUUAAGGCUUGGUCCCAGUCAAUGGAUUGGGUUGAAUUGGCCAUGGGACCAGGGUCAGAAAAAGCUGAGUUUAUAGGGCUUAAAAAGCAAGCUUAUAGAGAGAGCACUUAGGUUUUGAAUAAGGGCUAAAGGUAUGUUCAUGACUUUGGUCAGUUUCUAGGCUAAGCAUCUGCAGUCUUGAAACACCUACUCCUCUAGUGGUACUUGUACACCCUCAGUGAUUGACAAGCAGAACUGUACAGUGAUGAACACUGUCACUUGGUUUUGGGUCCCUGUCAUUGGAGGCCUUGAUAUUCAGACAGCUUUGAAAAGAACUUGAGUCAAAUCAGUGCUGUUUCUCGUUCUUUUGGAAAUAACUCUUUCCCACACUUCCGGUUUCCAUGAGACAUUUUAAAUAUGUUCAUCCCAUGUGAAGGGAGGGACUCUCAGGAAAGGGCAUAGGUUAGGCACUCAAGUGAAUGGAAGCUGUUAUGCCAAGAGGGACAGAACAGUAGGAGUGAAGCUAGCAAUGGCAGGAACUUCUCACUGAGCCUCUCUUCACUGACUGUGUCAGAGGUUUCCAAGGACACCCUUGGCUUCUCCCAAGGAUACCCCUGGCUUCCAUGAUUCAUCAUGAAGACUCGGGGCUUUCAUCUAUGACGAUGAAAGGAUACAGAGAAGCCUCAGCAAAGGGAAAAGGAACCUUUGCCAAAGCUCAUGGGAUCUAAGCACUAGCUUCUAGUCGCCUACUUGGAUAUACAGGAGUGAUUCAUGACAACACACAGGAAAGUCAUCAAACACUCAGUGUUCCGAGCUUUUACGGCAAUAGGUCAUGUAGGCACCUUCUCAGUAGCACGAGGCAACAUUCAAGAUUCCACAAAGCAGUCAUUUGUCAUAAGCCAUAGUGUUUCAGAAACAGUUUAGGAGCAGUGAGGCAAUCUUAACAGUUUCUGGUGGGAGCCCUCUCCGACAUUACAAGCAGGCUUUUGCAAGGACAGCAGCUCAGGAUUCCUGUGUUAACUCUGUGUGCACAAAAACUGUAGAGCUAGUGCUUUGGAUGCAAGAUGAAUGAGAUGUGGGUAGAUUUAGAUUUACUUGGUCCAGUUGUACGGGUUCUGCCCUACCAGGAAAAGUAUGCCAGUUCUCAGGGCUUUUGUGAAUUAAUCUGCUAGGCAUGAGAGGCCAUGGCUAAAUUCCACGGGGAUUUACCAUGUGGAUUCCACUGUACUUGAGAUGGAGUUCAGGUUUCAGCUCCUGGUACAUACUGCAAACUAGAACCAAAGAUUUUAAUGUAUGUAAUGGCCUUGGGCUAUUUCCUUCCUUUCUUCCUACCUACCUUCCUUCCUUCUUCCUUUACCUCCUUCCUUUCUUCCUUUUUCUUUGUUUUAGGUAAGUUCCCCCCCCCCCCUUUAAAUCACCUUUUCCCUUCUUCCGAGACACAGUCUUGUUUGUAUAGAUCCAGCUAGCCUUGAACUCUCUAUUCUCUAGCUCAAGCUUCCUCAGUGCUAGGAUUAAGUCCUGUGCCACCAUGCCUGGCUCCAAAGUAGGGCUUUAAUGGGGGAAAAAAGUGUUAUCUGUUGAUGUAUUUGUUAUCUUUACUAUGUCAUUUAGAUCAAUGGUGACUGGUUAAUUCAGGUGGUAAGCCAGGAAAUGGUGCUACUAAAGAAGCAAGGUUAAAGGUCAGAGAGUAGUGUCAGUCCAUUCUAUAGUCACUGGGGACACUAACCCAAUGAGCAACAUUAGCUGCAGAAACCAGUCAUGGGGAAGGUUGGAAACAUAGACAUUCUUGCAAAUGGAAAGAUAGUUUUAACAGUGGGACCUUUAAGGUGACUGUUACAUAGCUGAAGAGGUAUCUUCUAGCUGUUGGGCUUUUGUUUUUGUUUUCUGGACAGACAGCACCACGCCCCCUUUUCUCUGAUUUGUGUCCUGGAUAUGCUGGUGGUGUGUUCCUUUCCAGAAAAAUUGUGGGCAGAACUGGAAACUGGGGAAUGCUGAUUUCAGCAAAAGCAGAGUCAAAAAGAGUGGCUUGGCACACAGGCAUAAAGAAACAAAACAAAACUGGCUUUCGUAUUUUGGCACCACGUAACCUGCUCCAGACCAGACAAGUGAGCAGGCUUAAUCUAAUACUGGUUCCUUUCUCCCUCCCUCCUCAGAAGUAAAGGAUUGUGGAUCUUUCUGUUUGAGGCAAACUCAAGGGAAUGCCUGUAGGUUUUUAUUUAUUUUUUGAUAACGACACCUGAACAAGUGAUAAGCGGGGAGGAAUUCCUCAUUUCAGCUCCUCUUGAUGGUCCAACUAGUAACUAUGAGGAAAUUCAGAGAUUAGAAACCCCCGUGAAAAUGACUCAGCAGUUAAGAGGUUGCCUGUUUUUACAACACAGGUAAAUGAAGGGCAGAUUAGUGUGCAAUGUGUCCCCAGACACAAAAGGGAACACUCACUUGCAUUUGAAUUACUGUGUAAUCAUCCCUGAUAUUGCUCAAGAAAGAUUUAUAUUUCAAAAUGAUUUGUACUAAAUUUUAUAAAAAUAAAAUAACUUUAUAUAAACCCAGA